ACCUGAUCCAAUAUGUUGUAGAUUGAUAAUCAUUCAAGGAUUUUUUAAUUUGUUUGCCUUUGAUGGAGUGGAUUUCUUGGACUCCUCUUGCUACUAGUGCAAGACAAAUUCCAAAUGACCCCAGCAUACACCAGUAUUGCCAUGAAUAGACAAUAUGAGAAGCAUCAUGAGGCUCCCACACACCAUCUCUCGUCCAAAUCAACGCAAGAGGCACCGCUGUGGUUUCAUGGUCUACUUGCGAGGGAAGCUGCCGAAGAUUUGUUGCUUAAGUCACCGAAUUCCAAGCCUGGUCUUUACUUAGUUCGGCAAAGCAGCAAUCGUGGAGGCCGUUUUGUGAUAUCAGUCUGUACAGGAGAACAUGUGAAUCAUUAUCUAAUAGAGACUUUGGAAUCAAUGUUUUAUGUGAAAAGGGACAGUAGUCAAGACCGGGGACAGGAUAUUCAAGCCAGGGACUUAAAUCAUUUACUUAAUUGUUAUACACUCAAUCCUUUGGACUCAUCAGGAUUAAAACUUGGGGAGUCUUUAAAGAGAACAACACCGGUUAAAACUAGUGUGUCACUUACUGCCAAAUCGGACUCUAAAAAGAACCAUAACUAUAUACCACUGUAUGCUGAUGAACGUGAAGUUGUUACAAUCCAAGACUUUGAAACGGACGAUUUACAAAUGUUACCUUUUGGUAAAGGUGAAAUAUUGACAUUGCUUCAUAAGGAAUCAAACCGUUGGUGGUAUGCAUAUAAUGAGAAACGGCAAAUGGGGUUCAUCCCAGCUGCUUUUGUUCGAAAAUUAUCGGAAUCCGAAAGGGGUAAAAUGGGAUAUGCCAAUCCCUUAUACACAGACAGUGACGAAAAGGUUGCUCCGAUUACGGAGGCUUUCCGGAGGCUCAGCUUAGAGAGCAGUUUUCAUGUUAGUCCUGAAAAGGGUCACAUCCUCACUCCUUCAACGGCAAGUGAUUUGGAUUUGACAGCAGAGGAACUGCAGUUGGAAUUUUACCGUGAAAAGUUUGCCAAGGACGAUAUUUAUGUGUCUUCUGACUACAUUACUAGUUUUCUCAGGGCUACAGAACAUAUAAAACUUGCCAAAAUGCAGAGGUCGCACGAGAGGAAAGUAGCCAACCAGAAUGCGGGAGCAUCUCCAUUGUUAUCGAGACACACGCAAUCAUCACACCAUGAAAAAUCAACACCUCCAUCAAUACGUAGGGACUUGAAACCACGUAUUCAUAAACCGCUGCCACCAACACCAGAAGACAGUCCUGUUCGGACGCGGAAACCACUCCCAGUGCAACCAGUUGACUCUUAUGCAAAUAACGAUGGGAUAGAGACGGAAGGUGGAUAUUCAUUUUUGGCCGAGUGCUCGUCUGGUUCAACGAAUUAAUCCCACAAAAAAUACUAGAGACUAAUUACAAAAUUAAGGAGCAUAAUUAUGACAUCAUAUUUGGUUAUUAUCGGGCAUACCAUUACAAUCAUAGGAGUGAACAGUUCCCGUCUGAAAAAAAUAAUAAUUUCAUUUCUCAACAA